UGCUGUCCCCACCGCGCACCUACAGCCCCGUGUCACCCACCGCGGCCCCCCCGGCCCGGCCCUCACGGACGGGGCCGUUGCCGAGGCGGCUGCCGCUCCUCCGGGCGCCGCGCUCACCUGGCUCGUAUUUGAGGUAGAGGACGGAGACGAUGAAGUAAGCCGUGUCGAACAGCGGGAAGACGGGCAGCGAGGCGAAGGCGGCCGCCAGCUCCCCGAGCUGCAGGGCCGCCGCCAGCUCCAUGGCGCCGCGGCAGCGAGCAGGGCACCGCCGCCCACCUCCGGAGAGACCCCGCGGCCCCGCGUCCUAACGGCGCUGCGGCACCGACGCGGCGCAAGCCCGAGGCGCCGCUCGUUUCCCCGCCGCCACCGGCGGACGGUGUCCGGACGCGGAGCCCCCGCCCCGGUGCCACUCCCCCUCUCCGAGGGGCAGCGCCCGCCCCUUCCGCUUCCUCCGCCAGAGCUGCCGCCAUGAUCGGGGACCUGCUGCUCUGCGGGACGCUGCUGGUGAACGCCGGGGCCGUGCUCAACUUCAGGCUGAGGAAGAGGGACACGGAGGGAUUCGGCGAGGAGUCGAGGGAACCCACGACCGGUGACAAUAUCAGAGAGUUCUUGCUGAGUCUCAGAUAUUUUCGAAUCUUCAUUGCCCUGUGGAAUGUCUUCAUGAUGUUCUGUAUGAUUGUCUUAUUUGGAUCUUGAAAAUCCUCCACAAACCCGUCUGUUGACUUGGAAGAGACUUUUGGCUGGAAACAACUUUUCUAUACAGUACAAGAUGACAAUGCUUUCCAAACACAGCCCUGGGAUCGCGGCCUGUCCGUCGGUGCGAGCUCCUGACGCACUCGAGGCAUUCACCUUCUUCAGCCACUCGUGUAGUACCACGGUGUGUGCUGUUCGCUUGCAGCCGGGGGCACUGAGCCUUGAGGCCCCUGAGCCAAAAUCUUCGCCAUUGUUUCAACUUUACUGAAAUACAGAGAACUUUGAGUUGUUUUGCUCAGCUUAGAGCGGGCGGGGGGAGAACCGGAGAGUCCUGAAGCUCCACAGGGUCAGUCGCUCCCGCUCUGGAUGUGUCUCCGUAACGUCACCCUUGUCUCUGUCACUUGGAAGUCACACUUCUCAAGUCUCAUUUUUAUAAAGUUGAGCAAAGUAUUGGUGUAACUUCUCACUAUUCCAGUUCGUUUUGUUGGAGAAAUAGAAAAGGCUGAUUUAAAAAAACGGGAUUCUCAACUUCUGGGUUUUUUUUUUCCAACAAAAUACUUCUAAAAUUUCAAAGUGAAGGUGUUUUUUUUUUUUCUAAGCAAUAUGUAAGGGAUAAAUAGCAAAAUAAUUUGGGAAAAAUAGCAAAACUAAUUCUAUAAGCCAAUGUUAAGGCUUAAGUUUUGGAAUUAUCUUGGAGUUGGUUGAAUAAAGUUGCUCUAUUUAAGGGUAAAA